CACAGGAGCUAAUGCCUUUAGCAGACAUAACCGAAACUGACCGAAACUCUGUAUGGAUUGUGUAAAACUGAUAAUAUUUAUUGACUAAGUUUUAAAGCUCGCUUUCAUUCUAUUACGUUUAUAUAUUUUCAUUUAAAAAAAUGUCUCUUUCGUGUUCAAUUUGCAAUGAAGUACCAGAACAUCCUGUAAUUUCUCCAAUAUCGGGUCAUAUAUUUGAAAAACGACUUAUAGAAAAAUAUAUUACUGAAAACGGAGUCGACCCAAUAAAUGGAAAAGAGUUGACCAUUGAACAACUCAUUGAAGUAAAAGCUUCGCCAGUAGUAAAGCCGAAGCCUCCAAGUGCUACGUCGAUUCCAGCGAUCCUAAAAAUAUUGCAAGAUGAAUGGGACGCAGUGAUGCUUAACUCAUUUACAGUACGAGGACAAUUACAGACAGCGAGACAGGAAUUGUCUCAUGCACUUUACCAACACGAUGCGGCUUGUCGUGUUAUUUCGCGAUUAACUAAAGAAGUAACAGCGGCACGUGAAGCUCUGGCAUCUCUGAAACCGCCCAGUGGAAUUACUCAAGCGACAGCAAUUCCACAGCCAGCUAUUGCAGUUGAAGCUGGUGGAAUAGCUGCACAGCCUGUUGAACAAGCGGGAAUAACCGAGGAUAUUAUUCACAUUCUCCAAGAAAAGGCAACAGUAUUAACCCAAGAACGAAAGCGACGAGGAAGAUCAAUCCCAGAAGAUCUGUUGCCUGCUGAAAGGAUCCGCGAGUUUCAAACGAUUGCAUCACAUCCUAGUCUUCACUCGGCUAGUGUUCCUGGUAUUUUGGCUCUAGACAUUCACGCAUCUGACACCAGUAAAAUUCUGACUGGAGGCGCUGAUAAAAAUGCUACAGUAUUUAACAAAGACACUGAACAAGUAGUGGCUAUUUUGAAAGGACACACCAAGAAAGUUACGAAAGUUGUUUAUCACCCUGAAGAAGAUGUUGUGAUGACCGCAUCACCCGAUACGACAAUACGUAUAUGGAACGUUGGAACAAGUCAAACUACGUUGCUACUCCGCGCUCACGAUGCUGCAGUUACUGGUUUGUCUUUGCAUCCUACUGGUGAUUAUUUACUGAGUUCAUCUUUAGACAACAAUUGGGCUUUCUCCGACAUACGUACUGGUAGAUUACUGACCAAGGUUGCAAGUCCAGAAGCAUUAACAGCAGCACAAUUUCACCCUGAUGGUUUGAUUUUUGGUACCGGAACCGCUGAUUCUCAGAUUAAAAUCUGGGAUCUCAAAGAACAGUCGAAUGUAGCGAACUUCCCUGGACAUGUUGGAGAAAUAACUUCAAUUACAUUCUCAGAAAAUGGUUACUAUUUAGCAACCUCGGCUGAAGAUUCCUGCGUCAAACUCUGGGAUUUAAGAAAGUUGAAGAACUUCAAGACAUUACAGCUCGAUGACGGAUACGACGUUAAAGAUUUGGCUUUCGAUAAAACUGGAACUUACCUAGCUGUCUCUGGUACAGAUGUCAGAGUUUAUUUAUGCAAGCAAUGGCAAGAAUUGAAGGUAUUUAAUGACCAUACGGCUGCUGCAACUGGUGUGAGAUUCGGCAAAAACGCCCAAUACAUUGCAUCUACAAGUAUGGAUAGAACAUUGAAAUUGUACGGGCUUUCAUAAAAAAUAUAAUUUAUAUUUACAAAACAUAAAUUAACUUUAAUCUUAUUUGUUAAUUGAGAAUUAAAUGAAUUUAGAUAAUAAACCUUUUUUAAUUCUUAUACAUAAUUUACCUGUUGUUCUUAUUUAUCCAAAAUAUUAAACCUUGUAAUAAAAUUAUUUAAUUGCUUAA